GUAUCUCUUCAAAUCCCACUGACUGAAUGAACAAAAUACUACUCGUAUAUCAUUAGGGAUCAAUCAAUAUCAAUAUCAAUAUAUCAAAUAUAUAUCUAUCAAUAAUAAGAUACUAAGAAAUAAAGAAAGGAAGAAAGAAAUGGGAAUAAGAAUGAUAGCAAUUGUAAUAUUAGCCGCGGUAGCAUUUAGUAGUAGUAACUGUUUCAGUGUCGAUGCACUGAAAGGUGAUGGUGAUGAUUCAAUCAUCAUAUCUCGAAUCGCAUUUGGGUCUUGCAAUAAUCAAUCCUCUCCAGCAACUCAGUCAAUUUGGGAUGCUAUAGUAGAUUUCGGACCACAUGUUUUCAUAUGGCUUGGGGAUAAUAUAUAUGGAGAUAUCAGACGCCCCUUUAAACUAUUUGGUAAUGAAAGAACCAUCGGCCCGUGGAAGAAUGUUCCUAGGUUUGUUCCUUCAUCAACUGAUGAAAUGCAAUCCAAGUACAACAUUGCAAAGACCAAUCCUAGUUAUUCUCGCCUCCGUCAAACUGCCAAGGUGGUUGGCACUUGGGAUGAUCAUGACUAUGGAUUGAAUGAUGCUGGCAAAGAACUUAAGUCCAAAGAUAUCAACCAAAAGCUUAUGUUGGAUUUCUUGGAUGAACCCCAUGAUAGUCCACGGCGAAAGCAGGCUGGUGUUUAUGCAUCUUAUACAUUUGGUCCUGAGGGUAAGCAGAUCAAGGUCAUUCUUUUGGAUACGAGAUACCAUAGAGACCCCCUCCGCAGUGAUGGAACCAUUUUGGGAAAUGAACAGUGGAGAUGGUUAAAAAAGGAGUUGAAUAGUCGACCAUCAGAAAUAACCGUAAUUGGUUCAUCUAUUCAGGUUCUAUCAAAUAUUUCUGCAUGUACGGGUCCCUUAUUCUAUAUGGAAAGUUGGGGACGUUUCCCAAGCGAAAGAAAACGUCUUUUUGACUUGAUAUCAAACAGCAAGAGAGAUGGGGUUUUCUUCAUAAGCGGGGAUGUACAUUUUGGAGAAAUAACACGAUUUGAUUGUGCCACCGGGUAUCCUCUGUAUGACAUCACCUCGAGUGGUCUUACCCAAGCUGUUGAGAAGGUAAUUCCUUCAUUUUUACAUUGUGUGCUGAGAUUUUUGGCAUGGCUGACACCUACCACUAUGAGAGUUAUGAACGGCAAGUGCAAGCAUAAAUCAUGCACAUAUGGGCAACCCAAUUUUGGAGUUAUAGAAGUAAAUUGGGAUGCAAAGCCAGUUAGCAUAAGGUUUGACGUGAGAGGUGUAAAUGGAGAGACAGUUAAUAGUGUCAAUACUUCAUUGGUGGAGCUUCAACACAAAAAAGGCGGUUUGGAUCCCCACGUCAGAGGCAAACACUGCUCUCUUGAAGCUGACUUACCAUGGCUUGUCAGACAUCGCUUAGCUAUCCUCCUGUUCUUCUUUGUAGCUGUUGUGCAGAUAGGAGUUCUGUAUAUGGGGAUAUUACUGCUGGUUAAAUGCUUUCGUAAAUGUAAGCUCGACUGACCUUUUAUAGAUGCUUCAAGAUUGACUAGAAGGGACUUGCUUGCUAACCCAUCAUUUGAUAACUGAAUCACCUAUUCGCCAAAAGCGACACAAAUUCUUUUGAAUUGUCUUUCAGAAUUACCGCUUAUUCGACAGAUUGAGAAAGUGUAUAUCGCUACGAGGGAAUACUGUGAUGGCUCUUUAUCAUUUUUUGGGUUUUGUUGAAUAAAGCCUUUAGGGCUGUAAUUAAGAUGCA